GAAUUUUUGUGUCAUUAUUUUGCACUCUCAUCGCUAAUGGGUAUCCCCUUGAGAGCACUUACUACUCUUCCUCUCACUCUCACUCUCAAGCCCCAACGCUCUUGCACCAACAAUGCAAAGAUUCAUCAUUUUCAACUCACCAAGACACCAUUUGCUAAUAAGAAUGCACUUAUAAGCUGCAAGCACAAAAAUCAAUCAAACAGAUGGUCUCUUGAUGGGAUGACAGCUCUUGUCACUGGUGGCACCAGAGGAAUUGGGCAUGCUAUUGUUGAGGAAUUAGCUGGUUUGGGGGCAAAAGUGUAUACUUGUGCUAGAAAUGAAGCUGAAUUGAAUAAAUGUUUGGUGGGUUGGAAAGAUGAGGGUUUUGCGGUCAUGGGUUCGGUUUGUGAUGUGUCGAAUCGGGUUGAUCGUGCUAAGCUAAUUGGUAAUGUAUCAGAUGCCUUUGAUGGAAGUCUUAAUAUUCUUGUAAAUAAUGUUGGAACAAACAUUCGUAAACCUGUGGCAGAGAUCACUUCUGAAGAUUUUUCAACCCUGAUGGCAACAAAUUUUGAAUCUGUUUUUCAUGUGAGUCAACUUGCAUAUCCUCUUCUUAAGGCUUCGAAAGCAGGAAGUAUUGUAUUUACUUCCUCCGUCUCUGGUUUUGUCUCACUCAAGUCUAUGUCUGUACAAGGAGCAACUAAAGGGGCAAUCAAUCAGCUCACAAAAAAUUUGGCUUGUGAGUGGGCCAAGGACAAUAUCAGAAGUAAUGCUGUUGCUCCUUGGUAUAUUAAAACAUCUAUGGUGGAGCAAGUUCUUGAUAACAAGGAAUAUAUGGAAGAAGUUCUUUCGUGUACUCCACUUGGGCGUUUGGGGGAUCCAACAGAAGUCUCGUCGCUUGUGGCAUUCCUUUGCUUACCUGCAUCAUCCUACAUCACUGGCCAGAUUAUUUGUGUUGAUGGUGGAAUGACAAUAAGUGGCUUCUAUCCUAGAAAUGACUAAGAAGAUUGUUCCAUCGGUUUUGAAUGCAACUUCUCAAUGUGGAUAUGUGAUUGGAUAAGAUGACAUGCAAAUUUUUCUCCCAUCUCCUAUUAGUUGCUGUUCUGGGAUGUUCAGAAAUUGUGUUUGAAAAUGGCUAAUAAGCCAAUUUACGCUAGAAAAUGCAAUUUCAGUGUAGGCUUAUGCCAAAAAGGAUGAAGGGUUGUCAGAAUCAAUUAAUCAAUCAAACGAUGUAAUCCAUGAAACUUGAUCAAGUUUGUAGGAAGUACGAACCAGAAAAUUAUUCAUUGUCAUGGUGUAAAAUUGUUGAUUGGGGAUGAUCAUUCAAUAACAUGGGAUAACUUUAUUUGCUUUAGUAAA